AUGGUCACAGAGGAGAUGAACCAAAUGCUAAUGAAAGAUUUUGAAUUUUCUGAGGUUCAAGAUGCAAUUCUUAAUAUGAAUCCUAUGAGUUCCCUAGGUCCUGAUGGGUUUUCAGUUGGAUUUUUUCAACAACAUGGGGGUGUAAUAGGUAAGGAAUUUUGUGAGGCAGUUAUUACAACUCUUAAUACAAACAAUUGGGAUAGCUCUUUUAAUGAGACCUUCAUAGUGUUAAUCCCAAAGGUAAAAAAUCCCUCUGAGGUUAUUGAAUUCAGGCCGAUAAGUUUGUGUAAUGUAAUGUAUAAGGUUAAGGCCAAAGCAAUAGCAAACAAAUUGAAGAACAUUUUGCCAAGCAUCAUUUCGACAACUCAAACUGCAUUUAUGCUAGAAAGGAUGAUAGCAGACAGUAUCAUAGUGGCUUAUGAAGUUGUUCAUUCCAUGCAGUCCAAAAUGAAGGGUCCUAAAGGGGGUAUAUGGCUCUUAAGAUGGACAUGA